AGCUACGAGAAGGCUCUGACCAGUGUCACGUCAGCUGCAAAGGGCUACUUCGACGCUCUGGUGCGCAUGGGCGAGAUGGCCAAUCACAGCCAAGGCUCUAAGGAUCUCGCUGCAUUGAAAUUCUCUGAUGGAGGAGACGAAGCUCGAUGAGCAGCCCAAACAUGGAGGUGAUGAUGAUGAUGAUGAUGAUGAUGAUGAUGAUGUCAGCACCACUCUGAACAUGGACAUGGAGGCGGAGAGAAACCCAGACAUGUGUAGCUCCUGCAGUUCCGCUUCUUCUCCUCUGACCAUAUAAGGACAAAGGAAAGAAGCCAUUUUGACUUUAGAUGAUCUUUAUGUUGAUUUUCACUCCUGCGGGUUUGUCUCACCCUCUGUCCCCUGUCCUCUGUCCUCUGUCCUUGAGUUCCUGCUGCAUCAGUCUGUGACAGAGACACUCAUAAUGAUUUAUGAUGUAUUUAUAAUCCAUAGAAACAUUAGCGUGUGUGGACACAAUUCACCCUCUCAGGUACACAGUGACAGAGUGAAGCCACGCCCCCUUCAUUAGUGCACUGAACCUGACCAAUGACAGAAAAAACUCAAGAAGAGAAAAACACAAGAAGAAGAAGAAUGUGCUCUGUCUUUCUUUUUCCAGUGAAAAAUAUGAGGAUUGUUUUAUAAUCUCUCAGUUUUCAGUCGGAUUAUAUAUUAUCUGUAAUCCAUCAUAUUCUCUCUCUCAUCCAUCGCAUUAAAUUAAUGUUAAUUUUCCUUCACUCGCAAACAUAAAAAAAAAGCUGUUAGAAACAGCGCCCUCUGCUGGAAACAUGACAUUAUUACGACACUGUAAUAAACCUGUGUUUGUCCUGCAGGGGGCGUCAGACCAAUGACCUCAGUGCUAACCAUGAAAACACUCUGUCUUCGUCAUGUGUCUCAUUCUCUGUCUCUGUCUGUCUCUCUGUCUCUUCUUUGCUCAAACUCGAUCUCUGUGUCUUUUUUUAUUGCAUAUUCAGAAGAGGCAGCAUGGGAAGUUCUCUUUCAGAUGGCGGAGGUUCACAGACAGAUCCAGAUCCAGCUGGAGGAGAUGCUGAAGUCCUUCCACAACGAGCUGCUCACAGAGCUGGAGAAGAAGGUGGAGUUGGACGCUCGUUACCUGAACGCGGCACUGAAGAAGUACCAGAUGGAGCACAAGAGCAAAGGAGAGAGUCUGGACAAAUGUCAGGCGGAGCUGAAGAAGCUGCGCCGCAAGAGUCAGGGAAGCAAACACUCGAGCAAAUAUGGAGACAAGGAGAUGCAGUACGUGGAGGCCAUCAGUAACAAACAGAGUGAACUGGACAACUACAUCACAGACGGAUACAAAAAUGCUUUGUCUGAGGAGAGAAGGAGGUUCUGUUUCCUAGUGGACAGACAGUGCACCAUGUCCAAGAGCAGCAACACCUACCACAGCAAGGGGAAGGAGCUUCUAUCCCAGAAGAUUCCGAUGUGGCAGCAGGUGUGUGUGGAGCCAAACAAACUUCCAGAACAUUCCAUGUUCCUGACCCAGCCCAUGAGCAGCUCAGUGGGUGUGGCCAUGUCCGAGUCCAAACCUCCAGACUCUGCGUUCAGAACCAGCAGAGGACUGAUGAGUCAGCAGCGGCUGACGGCAGGCGUAGACGCGGCCGCGGUCAACGGCUCAGACGGAGCUCACGCACAAGGCGACUACCAGCAGUGGGUGGAGGGGAAAAAAGUCUCACCGCAGACGCAGAGACACGGGGACGUCCACUCCAACACACUUCCUGUACGCAAGGCCCCGCCCACCAAGAGCAAGAGCACGCAGAUGGAGACUCGUACGCUGCCUCGCUCCAGCUCCAUGGCCGCAGGGCUGGAGAAGAACGGGGGAAGAACCCGCGUUCAGGCCGUCUUCUCACACACGGCUGGAGACAACGGGACGUUACUGAGCUUCUCUGAGGGCGACACCAUCACGCUGCUGGUCCCUGAAGCUCGCGACGGGUGGCACUACGGAGAGAACGAGAAGAGCAGGAUGCGUGGCUGGUUUCCCUUCUCCUACACGAGGCUGAUCAACGACAGUGACGCUGACUCCAUGAGGCAACUACGAGUUCACAACCUCCACCAUGGGAAGAGCAGCAGCACAGGGAACCUUCUGGAGAGAGAUGACGUGGCUCUUCCUUUUCCUGAUUACGUGGUAAACUCUGGUGUUGCAGUCGCAGCUCUGCACAGCAGACAGCAGCAGCCGUACAGCGCCGUGCUGCCGCGGUUCUCACAGCAGGGAGGCGACGAGUACGAGUCUUGUUUCUCUACGAGUUCCACAGAUGGAAAGUUGAUUUCCACAGUGUGAGGACAGACAAACAGACGGACAGAAUCCUCCUCUCCUCUUCUUUCCUCCUCAUCAUGGCAAUAACAAGAAGAUGCUUGAGUUCAUAUCCUUCCUUCCUUCUUUGGUUUAUUUUCCCACUUUUUCAUUAACGCUGCCCAGAGUUACAAAACUGGACUUUCACCAGAACCAGAACAUACUGUUGUGUUGUGAUGGACACAUGUCUCUGAGGACACUUACGUUGUCUUUGAGGACACAUACAUUGUCUCUGAGGACACAUACAGUGUCUCUGAGGAUAGAACAUUUCCUUUAUUUAUCACCUGGACUUUGAUCUUUCUCAUCAUAAAUCAAUGAAAAUGUAAAAACUUGAAGAUGAUUUUCACAACAAUAAUAAUAAUAAUUAUUAUAAACACGUUAUAAUUGUACUGGGUCAGUAUUUAAGAGCAAUGUGACCUUUUUCAUGCUGUGAUGUUUUCAACUCUUCUAACAAAUGACGACAUCAUUUAUAACAUCAAACGUUUAUAACAUCAAACAUUUAUAACAUCAACAUUUAUAACAUCAACAUUUAUAACAUCAACAUUCAUAACAUCAACAUUUAUAACAUCAACAUUCAUAACAUCAAACAUUUAUAACAUCAAACGUUUAUAACAUCAAACAUUUAUAACAUCAACAUUUAUAACAUCAAACCUUUAUAACAUCAACAUUCAUAACAUCAAACCUUUAUAACAUCAACAUUCAUAACAU